AUGCUUCGAUUUUCCGCUCGUGUUGUUGUUGUUACUGGUGCUGGUAAUGGUUUAGGAAAAGAAUAUGCACUUGGAUUUGCUGAACGUGGUGCAAGUGUUGUUGUCAAUGAUUUAGGUGGAAGUGCAUCAGGUGAUGGCAAUCAUUCAUCUCGACCAGCUGAUGAAGUUGUUAAACUUAUUCAAUCACGUGGUGGAAAAGCUGUAGCUGAUUAUCAUUCUGUUGAAGAUGGAAAAGCUAUUAUAGAAGCAGCAAUUAAGAAUUUUGGUCGUAUUGACAUUCUUGUAAAUAAUGCAGGUAUUUUACGUGAUAAAAGUUUUAUGAAUAUGACAGAACAAGAUUGGGAUCUUGUACAACGUAUUCAUUUACGAGCAGCUUAUUUAAUAACACAUGCUGCUUGGUCAUAUAUGAGACAACAAAAAUAUGGAAGAAUUAUAUUUACUACAUCAACAUCGGGCCUUUAUGGCAAUUUUGGACAGGCAAACUAUAGUGCUGCUAAAAUGGGUUUAGUCGGUUUAUCAAAUACACUUGCACUUGAAGGAGCUAAAUAUAAUAUAACAUGUCAUGCUAUUGCACCAACAGCAUAUUCACGCUUAACACAAGAUCUUCUACCACCAGAUGCUGAAGAAAAUUUAAAACCAGCUUUUGUUAUGCCACUUGUUCUUUAUUUAUGUCAUGAAUCUUGUACUGAUACAGGUUCUUUAUUUCAAGUAGCUGGUGGAUGGAUAGGUAAAGUUCGUUUAGAAAAAUCUUCUGGUGCAAUGGUACGUCGUCCAAAUAAACCAAUGACAGUUGAAGAUGUACGAGACAAUUGGAAAGAUAUAAUUAGUUUUGCAACACCAUUACAUCAUUCAACACAAGCUGAACAAGUAACACAUUUGUGGGAUGCUAUAAGAAAAAUGAAUAAUAAUAAUAAUGAUGAUGAUGAUAAAGUUCUUACUCAAACAUUUUCUUAUACAGCAAAUCAAAUUAUUUUAUAUGCACUUUCUGUUGGUUGUUCUUUACGUCAACCGAAUUCAUUACGUUUUCUUUAUGAAAAUCAUGAAGAAUUUUCUGCUUUACCAACAUUUGCUGUUAUACCAGCUCAAGCAUUAUCAAUGAAUUUAAUUAGUUCAGGAAAACUUGGUUUUGAUAUUGACUUAUUACGAGUUCUUCAUGGUGAACAAUAUGUUGAAUUAUUUGAACCAUUACCAACAUCUGGUACUGUGACAUUAAAAGGAAAAGUUGUUGAUGUACUUGAUAAAGGUUCUGGUGCUGUACUUAUUUAUGAUGUGGAAAUAUUUAAUGAAAACGAAAAAUUAAUUGCUCUUAAUCAAUUUGUUAUUUUUUCUGUUGGUUCAGGUGGUUUUGGUGGUAAAAAAACUAGUGAAAAUCAACGAAAAUAUCUUCCAGCACCACAACGAAAAUCUGAUCAAAUAUGUCGUGAAACAACAAAUAUUGAUCAAGCAGCACUUUAUCGUUUAAAUGGUGAUAGAAAUCCAUUACAUAUUGAUCCAUCAUUUGCAUCAGCAGCUGGUUUUUCACGUCCAAUUUUACAUGGUUUAUGUUCAUUUGGUUAUGCAGCUCGACAUGUUUUACAUACAUAUGCGAACGAUAAUCCAGUAUUAUUUAAAGCUAUUAAAGUUCGUUUUACAAAACCUGUUGAACCUGGUCAAACUAUUGAAACACAUAUGUGGCGUGAAGGAAAUCGAAUCUUUUUCGAAUCAAAGGUACCAGAAUCAAAUCAAACAGUAUUAACAGGUGGUUAUGUUGAUUUACAUGAUGUAGUUCUUAAUAUAAAUACACCAGGCACUGCUGAGGUAAGAAAUAAAUAA